AUGAUAUCAUACCCGAGCGGACAGACCGUAGAGUUAGGCAAUGAGUUGGCGCCCAAACAAGUGAAACACGUGCCGAGUCUGCAGUGGCCGGCAGUCGACGGAGCGCUGUAUACGCUGUGUUUCGUAGAUUCGGACCCCACGGACGAGCUGUUCAAACACUGGUUAGUUGUGGACAUACCGGGCACUGACAUAGAGGCCGGUAAAACACUGGCUGACUAUAUAGGCGCCGGUCCGCCCCGAGGGUCCGGUCUUCACCGGUAUGUGUUUGUGGUGUACAGACAACCGGCCGGUGCUCUCAACUGCGAUGACCAACGCGUAAUGAACCGGGAUAUUGACGGCCGGCGAGCGUUUCAAUUACGUGACUUCGCCCUUAAGCACGGGUUGGGCGAACCCGUGGCCGCAAACUUCUACCUUGCUAAAUGGGAUAGUUAUGUACCACAACUAUACGCCCAGUUUAUAUUCGCUAUGGCACGCAAACGGUGUACUAUUUUAUGA